UGUCUGAAGAAACGCUUCAAUAAGUAAAUUAUCUGUCAAGUUUAUCGAGUGGCUAAAAAUUGAAUGUACAGGAUAAAUUCUCGACGUAAAUGGAGUGCUAAUUUCCAUGAGUAGCAGGGGUCAAAUGUUACCAUUAAAUAAUAUCAGGUUGGUGACAAGGAUCCUGAAUGUCAUCAAUAAAUUCCCAGUCUGUAGCUAUGGACGUUGACGGUCCGACCAACGGACCCGGCACUCUGAAACGAUGCUCUAGUGCCCCCAUGAUCAACGAAGUAAAUUCUGUAAUGACUACGACUAAUGCUUCUACAACAUCUAACAGGGACCAACAACCCUUUAAUAACUUAUUUGGAUCUUCUUCCCAAACAAGGACAAGAAGGUUUAGUGCAAGCUUUAGUCAAGUUCCAGGUUCACCAGUUUCUGGUCUUCGAUUGACUCCUAGAAUCAACCAGUUACGGCAAGAAGAGCAUGAAGGGAUAAGCAAUAGUAGAGAAGUGAUACAUGAACGAGAGGUCCACCACGCCAUGCAAAUAUCUCAGUCUUGGGAAGAUUUGAAUUUAAUGUCAGAUUCAAAUGAAGUAAAAACUGGAAAAAUGGGACUUUUGCAAAUAUCACUACCACCUUCCACCGGUUUAAUAUGUAACUCUCCGUCUCCCACCCGAACUGGUUUCCAAAGUCCGACUAGGUCUAGAACGAUCACUAUCAGGCGCAGUGCCAGUCCAGUCCUCAGGCCGAGUCCACUCAGAAUUAAAAGAAAACUCGAUGAUGACAAACUGGACUUUCACGCAAGUCCUAGGGCAAAAAGGUUUUACAGUUAUUCAGGUAUUGACAGGGGUGGUCUACUUACAACUGGUAAUUCCUUACCGCCUGGGUCGUUAAGUUCAGUGGGGACUCCUGAGUCUCUGUCUAGCGCCGAUUCGCCAGGGUUUAAUUUUAGAAAUGUAGAUAGCCCUUCCCCUAGCCGUGCAAUGCCAGCAGAGCCUAUGAUAGUUUCCAAAAACGAUCAAGAAAUGACGGAAACCCCAAGUUAAAUUUUUAUGAUAUUUCAGAUUAUUAUUACAUUUAAAGGUGUGAAAGAGAUAGUAAGCAGCAUGCUGAGUGUAAUAAUGAAGAUUCAGCAUAAACAUUUUUAUUUAUAUAACAGUACAGGAUUGAAAUCUGUGCCACAAUGUCGAGCUGUAUACAUAUUUUGCAGGAGGUUAAACCAAAGCUAAGUAAAUGAUACAUUUUUUUUGCUUUUAAAUUUGAAUCUGAUGAACUGAUCGAUAACAUAUUUAAAUAACUGGACAUGCAAAAUCUGGAAGAAAUGAUUUUGUAUACAUAUGUUUCUGUGAAAUGUUUAAUAGUUAAGGAUAAAUCGUGACAAAAUUACAAUUUUUUUUAAACUCUAAAAAUUAUGUUGACUAAAAUUUUUACUAUGCUUAAUAAAUAGACGUGGAUUGACAAAAUUACUUAUUAUUUGAGGUACUCAAAGAACAGAUAAUAGGUUAAAAAAUAAAAAGCAACAAUAUGAGGGAAGGACAGCACUGGUCGUACAACCUCAAAUGAAUUUAAUAAGCAUAUUUUUACUCAGCAUCUUACAAAAUGUAAAUAUGGAUGUCUGUCGAAGAAAAUAGUAAAAAAUAAUUAUUUAAAUUUGUUGGAUGUUCAACCAAAGUUUAAUUCAACUUAUUAAUUUCAAAAUUGAGAGAAAUUUGACAAACUCCAUGUUAUAAUAAAUUGUGUGAAAUGGUAUAUAAAUUCAGCGUUUCAGAAUAACAUACCUUAAAUUCUUGGGUAAUUGAAUAUUAAAAAUGAGAUUUUUCCCAAUAUACUACGGGUUUGUUUUUCUGUUUUCAAGAUAUAAAAUGUUAAAAUUAGUAUUUUUUUUCUUUUUUAAUAAAUCUUGUCGAUAUAUUCAAAAGUAUUCCAUACAGGGACGUAUGGAAUAAGGGUGUUCCUAAGGACGUAGGGGGCGAUUGCCCAGGGCGGCCUGUACCACAGGAGAGGCCGAAGAUCUGUCUAGGUUUUUUGGUAGGCAUUAGCACAUCUUAAUUACCUUUUAUUAAUUUUCAUAUAGGUUAUAAGAACAUUUGUUAUGCUACAAUCUAGGAAUAUUUUCGUUUACAACUUGGUUAGGAUUUUGGAUAUAGGGGAAAGUCGGGUAGCCCCGGACACUUAAAUGAAUUGUAAAUAAAAAUACGAUACAAAGAAAGAUACGUUCUCAUCACUGAAAUAAGCAUGUUGAAUUAGAAAAUCCACCCUUAAGCGUGCUCAGGGGGUGAAAUCAUUCCCAAAAAUAGAGAAUAUCAGAAGUAAUUGUAAAAAUUCUAAGAAAAAUACAUAUGUUAAGAUAA